AUGGCAGCCAAGAAGGAUUCGCAAGGCGCUGUGCUGGAGCGUGUGAAAGCACUCCAGGAACGGCUUGCAUCUUCGACGAACAUGAAUCCCAUUUCAGAGCUUAUUGGAAUAGCCAAGCGACUGGGCGAAUUGCGCGAGUUGGCCAAGCCCGAGGCGAAAGCCGUGAUGCUCGCUGCGCGUAUUGUCGGCCAGAGCCUUGCUACGCUGUGCGCAAAUGGCGCUGUGGAUAUUGGGAACGUCGAAGAUACAGGAUAUCUGUCGCUUAGUGCGAGCCGCGCCGAUCCACAUGCACAAGUAGCGCGAUGGCUCAAGGAGCAGUGGAAUGCAUUUGUCGACCUGACCGUGCACACACUCUUCUCUUCUGGCAAUGCAUCCGUGCGUCUCUCUGCACUGGAGAUUAUCAUGAAGCUUCAAGUCGCUGCUUCUGAAGCGCUGGGUGCCGACGCGGAAAAGAACGGCACGUCGCGCGGGCGCUGGUCUACUUCGCCGUUCCGCGCGAUUGUGCGCACCUUUUUGUUCCGUACUGUACCGCAAGAUGUGCUCGAUGCGUUUGCAGAAGACUAUCUGGAGGUAUACGACGAUGUGCGGUUUGCAUUCGCCAAAGAACUCGGUGCGCUCUUGCACCGCGUUCCGGAUGCAACAGGCACAAAUGCACACGUCCGCUCCCGCGCGUACGCAAUACUGCGUCGCAUCACAGCAAUCCCUACUAAGGAAGCGCAUCUGAACAAUUUUUUAACGCCCCACUUGGCCAAAGCGCCGGAGACGAAAAAAAGGAAGAGCAAAAAACGUGUGUUUCAAGAGGACGGAGCGGACAGCGACGAGGAGGCCAAUGCGGAGCGCGAGGCCGACCAAGCUGCGAAUUGGCUCUCGGACUCGGAGGAAGAGGAGGCGCAGCCGACGGCGACGGCAACUGCAGCGUCGGUCAACGUCGUCCGUCGUGGCCGGCGUGCAGGCAGCUUGCUCGACGCUCUUCAUUCGCUUCUCCAACAGCGUCACGCAUUUGGGCAUGCGUGGCUAAGUCUUUUGCUGCCCACGACACAGGGCACAGCAACCCGUGGCGGAGCACUUUCGCUCGCAGAAACACACGAUGUGCUCGUUCGUCUGCACUCGCAGAUCCUUCCGCACCUUGCAAAGCCGACCAUGCUGCACGAUUUCCUUGUCGACUGCCUCGACACGGGCGGCACAACGGCUCUGCUUGCUCUUAAUGGAUUGUAUACCCUGAUCGUCGUGCACAACCUCGACUACCCGGCCUUUUAUACGAGGCUGUACGCACUUUUGGAUGCGUCAGUGAUGCAUACCAAGUACCGUUCGCGCUUCAUGCGCAUGCUCGACACCUUCCUCAGCUCCUCGCAUCUGCCCGUCACGAUCGUCGCGUCUUUUGUGAAGCGGCUCAGCCGCCUCUCUUUACGCGCGACGCCUGCCGCGAUCGUGGAAAUUGUGCCAUUCGUGUGGAACUUGCUCCGUCGCCACCCCGGGUGCAUGCCCAUGAUUCACCGCGAAUGGAACGGCGAUCAUUUGGCACUUGGGCCGAGCGGUGUGCAAGACACCUUUGACGCCCACGAGCCGAAUCCGCUGCACACCGGUGCGCUCGAAAGCUCGCUAUGGGAAAUCGCCGCAUUCGGUCCGUACCAUCUCAGCGAAUCGGGCCAGGAGCAAAGUGUGGGCAAAGGCGGCGACACACACUACCUUGGCUCGGUCACUACGUUUAGCAGCAUUCUUGCCGAGCCAUUCACCAAGCAACGGUACGAUCUGGAAGAGUUCCUCGAUACCACCUACGGCACGCUCUUCGAGACAGAAGCAAACAAGACGCUGAAGCGCAAGGAACGGCCGAACAAGGCGCCGCCGCGGCCGGCAGUUGCGCCGCUCGAUAUCACGCUCAGUGUGCCGCCCAUGAUGCCUGGCAAAUUGGGCACGGUGGAGCAAGCUACACGCAAAGAAACGCGCAAACGUUUGCGGCGCUACGCUUUCCCUGGGGCACACGACACAGACACAGACACAGACUCAACUGCGCUGGUACAAAGCCGCAAGGGGAUGGAGCUGGAUGCACCUGCGGCGCUGUUCGACUUUGUAUAG